AACUCCGUUUGUCUCUCAUCCCCUUGGGGACCUUCACCUUCACAACUUGACCCGAAUAUCGGCUCAAAAGUCCACUCAAUGCGAUAUCGGGACAGCAUGUACGACGUAUCUCCCGCAGCCUGGCGGACCGUCAUGCAUGUGCAAGUGAUUUGCUGACGAUUGUCAUAUAUAAAUGGCCUCGCAUGAGGAGGAGGGACAUCCCUCCAGACCUCUUGUCAGGUUUUGUUCGAGAUGCAUAUCUCUACGCCAUUGACAGUGUUGCUCGCAGCUUUGCCAGCUCUGCCAGUUUUGGCUGGCCAGGUUCCCGUGGUUGACGGCAUAAUUGGUGGUGUUCCACAAAACAUCACGGAGACCCUUCAUGAAGAGGCAACAGCUAUACCUGCUGCUACGACUCCUGGAAAGCUUAGGGUUACCGAAAACAGUGGUGUUUGUGAGACAACUCCCGGUAUAUACCAAGCUUCCGGCUACGGAGAUCUCUCGUCAAAUGAGAGUAUCUGGUUCUGGUUCUUUGCUGCACGCAAUAACUCUGAUACUGCACCCCUCGCCAUCUGGUUGAACGGAGGUCCGGGAAGCUCCAGCAUGAUUGGUCUUUUCCAAGAACUUGGACCAUGUCGUAUCAACAAUGACACCACUACAGUGAGCUUGAAUCCUAAUGCUUGGAACGAAGCUGCCAACAUGUUGUUUAUCGACCAACCUGUGGGGGUUGGCUUUUCCCAUGGUACAACGAGUGUUGGAACGUCGCAGCAGGCAGCUUCCGAUACCUGGAAGUUCCUCCAAAUCUUCUUCGCGGACUCUCGAUUCAGCAAGUUCCAGGAGAACGAAUUUGCUGUUUGGACAGAAUCCUACGGUGGUCACUAUGGACCCACAUUCGCUGCUUACUUCUUGCAACAGAAUGCCGCCAUUGCUAAUGGUACUAUCUCUGGUAUCCCAAUCAACUUGAAAGUACUCGGUGUUGGCGAUGGCCUCACAGAUCCCCUUUCUCAGUACCCCGGCUAUUUGACCUACGCGGCUAACAACCCGUACCACCCUCUCGUCUCUUCGUCUACUCUGAGCCGUGCCAACGACUCCUUCUUCCGCGCUGGCGGCUGCCGCGACCAAAUCCAAUCCUGCUAUACCACGGGCAGCACUUCCAGCUGUUCUGGAGCCCAAUCGUUCUGCAACAACAACAUUCUUUCACCUCUUGCAGGAAACUAUGAUGUUUACUAUGUGUUGGCUCAAGACCCGGACCCAUACCCACCAAGUUUCUCGACGUACUUGGGUAAUGCUAGUCUCAAAGCACAGAUCGGCGCUGAAGUUAACUGGCAAGAGUCCAGCAGCCAGGUUUACAACAACUUUGCGAGGACUGGCGAUUGGAUGACCAACUCGAGGCCACUGUUGGAGACUGUUAUAAAUGCUGGUGUUCGUACGGUUGUAUACGACGGUGAUGCGGAUUACAUUUUGAACUUCAACGGCGUCGAGGCAAUGGUUGACAAUCUUCAGACUCAAUUCACAACGCUCUACCAUCAGCAAUCCUUCAGCAACUGGACUGUAGCUGGUCGAGUGACGGGCCUAGUCAAGAAUGCCGGAACAUUCUCUUACGUCCGUUUCUUCGGAGCUGGUCAUGAAGUUCCUGCAUACACCUAUGGAAAGCUCAGCAGGGGUCAGGCUGCUUUGCAGAUGUUCACGCAGGCGAUGGCCGGUCAGCCCUUGACGUCAACUUGAAGUGGGGCUAGAAACGCUUGUCACGAUAGAAACGAAUCACGAUAGAGACGAGGAAUAACGAAUUAUUGGAUCUUCAUCGGUCACCACGGUUGAUCAUGGUGAGGUCUCGAUGCACGACACAUGUCCAACUCCGAGAAAAGAAGUAGGCUACAAGGGUAUCCAAUUGACGCCGUGAGGUACAACGGUAUACGUGCAUACAACGUACAUAUUUAAUCUUCUUCGUAUUCCUCACCCUGUCGUCUGAAUUACUACAACGGAGAACAUUCUCGUUCCAACCAUGCCAAUGCCCUAGUGUCAUUCUUC